AAUACAGUUUUACUUUUUUAUGGUAAAACUUACCCUUUUUUUCUCUCCACUAUGAGGGGUUUUACUUUUGAUUUCAUGCCUAGAAAAGCUUCUCAGUGCCCUCGUAGGUGCCAGAUGGUUGGGGGACUGGAUACCAUUCCAGCUGCCGUUUUCCUGUUGAAUAAUGGUUUGUUUCAGAAUGUGUAAGGGUAAAACAAAUGCUUAUGGAAGGAUUGCUGAGAACCAGUGAGGCUAGCUGGCCCGGCAUGCACACAGGUGGGCAGGGAUCACCAGAGAAAUUUCCUAAGCACACGAAGCGGGAGGUGCCUCCCUGCUUUGGGCUCUGGUCCUGAAGAAAGCUUCCAUCACCUCGCGGUUGCUAGUGCUGCUCCCAGGGGGUCUUGCGACCGUCCAGGGACCAGGCCCGUGGAAUGGCCCUGACAACGGGGCGGCUCGGGGAGCCUGCGUUCUGGGAGGAAGGCCCCCAGAGAAUACGCCAGUGCAGAGGCUGUCCUCUGUGACUGAUGAGCCCAGGCCCGGCCCCUGGAAACCGGCUCCUCUCAACCCACGGAUCUGCCCCAGAGCUGGCUUGCCUUUUAAUACGGGCACACCUUCUGGAGUGUCCCCGUUCUCAGAACUCGGCGGCAGAGAAUCGGCAGGAAGAGAGCGGGCUGCACGAGGGAGAGGAAAACCCCUGGGAGGGGCUUGGUGCUUGCCCCUGGAACUCCAGGGGGGCUUGGGGAUUGAUGCCGAGGAUGUGGCUUUUGGCUCCCUGGACACGCACGGGCUAGCGGGCACCGAGAGCCCUCCCCGCCAUGGAGUACAUCCUCUUCGUGCUGUACUUCUCCUUUUUCCUCUGUCUCUGCACCCUGGUGUGCCUGUACUUUUCCGGCUGCCAAGAGAUGACCUAUAAGCAUGAAGGUAAGCGGCCGGCUGUGGGGACGGUCGUGGUUACGUGACUUGGAUGCCCCUUCCUGUGACAGCGAUUGUUGGGAAGGACCCGGGUGAAGAAAGGGGCGGCUGAGAGAGCCUGGAGUCAGCUGAGGGUUUCUGUGGGAUGCUUCCCCCGCCCCGUUUCCUCUCCAUCCCAUGUGAUCUGCUAAGAACGAACACCUCUAUCUACCCAACAUGUUAAUGGCAAAGAAAUGUUUACUUUUCAGACAUUUUUGCUGAAAUCGCACUUUAAGUAUUUGGAUGCGUUUGUAAAAAGGUGUCAGCAAGGCAAGACUUCAGUGGUAAGGAAAAUGGAAGCCUGGAGGGGUGCGCCCAUGUGUAGAAGACACUCCUGGAAUGAGCAAAGAUGGACGUUUGUGCUCGUGAAUUUCCUCUCCUUAGGAAAUUCCCCAGGAGGUUUUGAAUGGUGGAGGCUCUGAAAACGCGACAGCUUCUUUCAUGCUUGGCAUUUUUAAAAGCCCAUUAGGAGCCAAGCAUUUGAGAACCAGUAUUUCCAGGGGAUCCUCUCAUUCCGUGGAGACCAGUGUGUUAUUUCAUGUCUAUGAAAAUACAGUAUAAGGCAGUAUUGCUUUGUCUCCAAAGAAGACAGCCACCAGGUUUUCAUUUGCAACCUUGAAAUGUCUUUUUUAUCUUGUUUUUUAUGAGUAAGGUCAUAAAUAGAUAUGGUACAUUUUGGCUUCCGGCGCAGAACACUUAAAGACAGCAACCCUCGAGGACCCACCCAACCCGUGUGUCUUACAAUGCGGCACAGGCUUUGCUCUGUACUGCCAGCCUCUUUACACGAUAAAACCCCCUCUAAAAGCAGACAAGCAAACAGGCAAACAAAAAACUCAUCCAGCCCACAUGCUGUGCAAGGGGCAGGCAGGGUCGCCGUCCACUCACUGCUGCCCUGGAAACGGGGCGUGCUGUAUGGGUAUCUGUGGAUUCAUCUCCUUUGUGGCUGUAGGGCUACAACUUGAAUGCCCUUUGGUGUCUGCUCCCGCCCAGAGCUGCUUGCUCCUCCCUCACUGCAGCUGCUUCCUUGGGCUCUUGGGCUCUGAGACCGCAUCAUACUUCAGGGGGCUCCACUUGGGUCUGGGGAUUGGCUGUUUACAAAGGUGCAGCUCCACUUUAAAUGCGUUGGGUUUUGACAGAGGACCAACACGACAUGACUCUUGUUUCAAAAUCAUCACCCUGACCGCCAGGUUAUGGAACAAGGGCAAGAGGGGGAAGGGCAGUGGGGGCUGGUUUUUUAAAUUUCAUUGAAAGAUGAUGGUGGCUUGGACCAGGAUGGAAGCACUGGAAGGGUUGAGGAUGGAGCCAGCAGCCCUGUAUUAGGGCUCAAUAAUUGAGUACUUAGCUAGCAGUCCCUCAAAGUUUCAAAAGUCAUCCUAGGUACUGGAACUGAGUCAUCGUCCCCAAGAAUGGCCCACGAUGCCUGCUAGUGGGUGACCACUGCUCGGCAUCCCGUCCUGGUCAUGUGGAGCCUGUGUCUUGAUGUUCCCUGGGGCUCACUGGUGGGCCGUGAAGGGCAUCCCGGCAGCCGCUCUCUGGCACUCCGCAGUAGCAAACAGACCUGUCCCCAGAGGCCUCACAAUUAGCAGUGUUUACAAGAAGGUCAGCUGACUGGCUGCCCAGAGAAACAAGGAGCCUGGGGCCGGGGUGAAUGCGUGUGGGCAGAGGCGCUGAGCGUGGGAGAUGCGUCCGCCAUCUGAGGUCUUGGCCCCGGCUCCCCAGAGAGGGGUCGUCUGGACUGCUGUUGACACCUGAACUCGGCGGAGCUUCUCCUCUGGAGGAGGGAUUUGAGUAUAUAAGUGUCUCCAGCCUCCACUCAGAAGGAAAUGCCUUUGACUUUGAUGGCACCCAGUAGGGCCUUACAUUCCUACCUGGCGGACUCCCUGGGUGCCCAGCCAGGUGGCAGCCUGGCUGACGCUGCUGCAGGAAUGUGGGGAAAGGGUGUCACUUGCAGACUUAAAACUGUCUGUGCAUCAGCAAGUUCGCUUGGCACUGAGUUCAUUAGCAGAGACGCUCAUUUAACAAGCGAUAUUUCCUGAGUGUGUCGGACCCUGGGCCACUGUGGGGAACACAAGAGCCUAAAUCCUUGCCCUCAUGGAGCAAAAUCCCUGACCUCCUGGGGCUUACACUCUGGAGGAGGGAGACACAUAACAAACAUGCAAGCAGAACUGGUGACGAGUGCUGUGGAGA